UUACGGUUCACAGCGCAGCACGAAGCCGAAGGUGUAGCUGUGCAGUUCCGCCCUCUGCUGCCGCUGCCACUGGGAAAGACUUCUCUGCCACUGCCGGGUCCGGCCCGAUCGGGCCAGGUCCUGCCCGGUCCUGCCCGGUCCGGCCGGGUCCGCAGCGAGCGGUCCUUCGCUAUGGACACGGUAUCAGCCACUGUAGCCGGGGUCUUCGCGUCCCCGGGUACCCCCGAGCUGCUGAGGCGCCUGUCGAAGCUGUAUUCGGCCUUUGUAACCCUGCUACUGAAGCUGGUUGCAGUGUUACCUGAGAAUUUCCAGCCCGGGCCUGGAGACUUUUAUGGGCUCCCCUGGGAGCCUGUAUUGUUCACUACCUGUGUUGGAAUCCUUAUGCUUGCGAUUUUCUUGUGGAGGAAUGUUUUUCCAGUAAAGGAGAGAAUAUACCAAGUCACUGAACAGCAGAUUGCCGAAAAGGUGAAGACUACCACAAAGGAGAAUGCACAACUUGCAGAAAAAUUGUCAAGUUAUGAACAGAAGAUCAAUAAAUCGCAGAGGCUUCUUCAGGAGACCAAGAAUCAGAAUAGGAUUCUCUCUGAGGAAGCAAUUAAAUACAAGGUGCUUGAAGAAAGCAAGGAAUUUCUGGAUGAUAUGGCCAGAACUCUUAGUGAUAUGUUAGAAUGUGAGCGGAAACGCAACAUGAAAAAUCAGGAUUUGGUCCUGGAAAAUGAGAAAUCUGUGGAGAAGCUAAAGGAGGUUAUUUCGAUGAAUGCCUCAGAAUUUUCCAAGCUAGAGCAGGAAGUUGAAGACCAGAAGAAGCUGAACGCUGAACUCAGCCAGCGAGUCAGGACGUUGGAAAAGUCUCAGAGGGAUCUGGAAGCCACUCUCCAUGAUAAGGAUGAUAGCAUUGGUGCUCUGAACAACUGCAUCAUGCGGCUGAACCGGAUGGAGGAGAGGAGAUCGGAAUCUGAGGGUCCAGGUCCAGGCAGAUGUGAGCCAGGUGAAUUAGCCAAUGGAGAAGUGGGAGGUGGGGAGAGUAAGAUCAAGGCUCACAUGCACCGGCUGAUGGAUGUCUCCCAGAAAGAUCUCCAACUCCUGCAGUUGAAGCUGAGAGCCUCCCUGUCUGCCAAAUGUGAUCUGGAAGACCAGAUCGUGAAGCUAGGUGAGGACUGCGGCAGGCUGCAGGCAGACAAGGCCCGGAUGGAGGAGGAGUUUAGCAUGCUGCAGCAGAAGGUGGAGAUCCUGAAGGAGCUGUCCCACCAGAAGGAGCUGGAGCUGCAGAAGAUACUGAGUCAGGCGGAAUGUGCACAGCAGCAGCGAGAGCAGGCGCUGUUGGCUGUGGAUGAGAAGGUGGUGCCGGCCACAGAGGAGGUGAAAAUCUACAAGCGGCGAAUCCAUGAAGUGGAAGCAGAAUUAGAGAAAACGGAGCGCUCAUUUAAAAACCAGCUUGCUACUGAGAAGAAAAAAGCCCAUGAGAACUGGCUCAAAGCCCGAAACGCAGAGCGCCUGGUGGCAGAUGAGAAGCGGCAGGCCGCCAACCUGCGGCAGAGGCUGGUGGAAAUUACCCAGAAGCUGGAUAUGCUUAAAGAGGAGCCUGGGAUCAUCAAUCGGAUGCCAGACUGUCCUGGAGUGCAGAACGCGCCCCACAGAGGUCCCCUGAGCCAGAAGGGCUCCUUUGGCCCGUCCCCUGUGAGUGGCGGUGAAUGCUCCCCGCCCCCAGGCGCACAGCCCCCUGGAUGGCCGCCCUCUGCAAGCCUGAACUUGGCACGCCAUGACAUUGCAAGAGCCGACUUCGAUCCCGGCCCUGGCCCCGUGGCCAACAGCAGCUCCCGCGGCUCCUCUCCAGUGAAGGACAUGGACAACGCCAAGGUGAGCCUGGAGCCCGUGCCUUGGCCCACGCUGCUCCAUGGGCCCUCCGUUUCCCCUCUGUUCUCCAGCUGGCCUGGGCGUGGCGACCCUGCUGACUUGUCAACUGGCCGAGGCAGCUUCCUGUUCUCCCCAGCGACCCCGGGUCCCUGGGAGCCCUUGUGUCUGCCUGUCGUGCCCAGGGCCUCGCUCAUGCUGGCAAGAGUGCAGCGAGCUGGCGCAGCGCCCCGCUGGCACCUCUGGAGCUCAUCUCCACACCCGAGUGGGGACAGCGUGGUGACCAUGCUCGCUGUGUGGCGUGCUGCUCACGAGGGCCCGGCAGGGUCCGGGGAUCCCUUGACUCCUCUCGGGAUGGGCACCCGGUGCCACUGCCGAGCUCGAAACUGGGCCUGCUUCUGUUCGCAGGUGAGCAUGGCCGUGAAGGGGCCCCCAGCCCAUCCAGGGCCCCCGUUCCUGGGAGGCCCCAUGCCGCCCCACAUGGGCUAUGGGUCGCCACCGCCACCACUGCUCUGCAGGCCCUUCGGGCCUCGGCCGAUGUCUCCUAGGCCACCGCCACCAUUCGUCACACGCAUGGGCCCACCACUGGGCUUAAGAGACUAUGCGCCCGGCAUGCUGCCCGGUCGCCACGACCUGCCGCUACAUCCUGGCGAGUUCUUGCCGGGACCUGUGCCAUUCAGGCCUCCAGGCCCGCUCGGCGCCCGAGCGUAUUUCAUUUCAGAUCCACGAAUGCCACCACCACCCACUGGACUCCAGGACUACCGACCACCGCCUGCUGGGCCCGAGGAAUACCCACCGCCAACUGCCGGGCCCCAGGACUUCCCACCGCCACCUGCCGGGCCCCAGGACUUCCCACCGCCACCUGCCGGGCACCAGGCCUACCCACCACCACGUGCCAGGUGCCAGCACUACACACCAUCGCCUGCCAGGCCCCAGGACUACCCACCGCCGCCUGCCGGGCCCCAGGACUUCCCACCGCCACCUGCUGGGCACCAGGCCUACCCACCACCACGUGCCAGGUGCCAGCACUACGCACCAUCGCCUGCCAGGCCCCAGGACUACCCACCACCACCUGCCGGGCCCCAGGACUUCCCACCGCCACCUGCCGGGCGCCAGGCCUACCCACCACCACGUGCCGGGCGCCAGCACUACGCACCAUCGCCUGCCAGGCCCCAGGACUACCCACUGCCGCCUGCCGGGCCCCAAGACUUCCCACCGCCGCCUGCCGGGCGCCAGGCCUACCCACCACCACGUGUCGGGCGCCAGCACUACGCACCAUCGCCUGCCGGGCCCCAGGACUACCCACCACCGCCUGCCGGGCCCCAGGACAACCCACCGCCGCCUGCCGGGCGCCAGGCCUACCCACCACCACGUGCCGGGCGCCAGCACUACGCACCAUCGCCUGCCAGGCCCCAGGACUACCCACCGCCGCCUGCCGGGCCCCAGGACUUCCCACCGCCGCCUGCCGGGCGCCAGGCCUACCCACCACCACGUGCCGGGCGCCAGCACUACGCACCAUCGCCUGCCGGGCCCCAGGACUACCCACCACCGCCUGCCGGGCCCCAGGACAACCCACCGCCGCCUGCCGGGCACCAGGCCUACCCACCACCACGUGCCGGGCGCCAGCACUACGCACCAUCGCCUGCCGGGCCCCAGGACAACCCACCGCCACCUGCCAGGCACCAGGCCUACCCACCACCACGUGCUGGGCGCCAGCGCUACCCACCACCGGCUGCCAGGCCCCAAGACUACCAACCACCACGUGCCGGGCGCCAGGCCUACCCACCACCGCCAAUCAACCUAUUACUACUAAUUAUCCCAAUCCUCCUAGCCAUAGCAUUCUUAACCUUAACAGAACGCAAAACUACCCAUCGCCAACUGCCGGGCCCCAGGACAACCCACGACCACCUGCUGGGCCCCAGGACAACCCACGACCAUCUGCCGGGCCCAAGACAACCCACCGCCACCUGCCGGGGCCAAAGACUACCCACCACCACCUGCCGGGCCCCAGGACUACCCAUCUCCUCCUGCCGGGCCCCAGGACUACCCAUCUCCUCCUGCCGGGCCCCAGGAAUACCCACCGCCACCAGCCGGGCCCCAGGAUUACCCACCGCCUUCUGCCGGGCUCCAGGAAUACCCAUCUCCUCCUGCCGGGCCCCAGGACUACCCAUCUCCUCCUGCCGGGCCCCAGGACUACCCAUCUCCUCCUGCCGGGCCCCAGGACUACCCAUCUCCUCCUGCCGGGAAUACCCACCGCCACCAGCCGGGCCCCAGGAUUACCCAUCGCCUUCUGCCGGGCACCAGGCCUACCCACCACCACGUGCCAGGACAACCCACCACCACCUGCCGGGCGCCAGGCCUACCCACCACCACGUGCCGGGCGCCAGCACUACACACCAUCGCCUGCCAGGCCCCAGGACUACCCACUGCCGCCUGCCGGGCACCAGGCCUACCCACCACCACGUGCCGGGCGCCAGCGCUACCCACCACCGGCUGCCAGGCCCCAAGACUACCAACCACCAUAACGCAAAACUACCCAUCGCCAACUGCCAGGCCCCAGGACAACCCACGACCACCUGCCGGGCCCAAGGACUACCCACGACCAUCUGCCGGGCCCAAGGACUACCCACGACCAUCUGCCGGGCCCAAGACAACCCACUGCCACCUGCCGGGGCCAAAGACUACCCACCACCACCUGCCCCAGGACAACACAGCACAGCCUGCCGGGCCCCAGGACAACUCACCGCCGACUGCCGGCCCCAGACUACCCACCACCAUGUGAUGGGCCCCAAGACUACCCACUGCCGCCUGCCGGGCACCUGGCCACCCACCACCAAGUUCCGGACCCCAGGACUACCCAUUACCCCCUGCAGGGACCAAGAGUACCCACCGCCGCCUGCCGGGCCCCAGGAAUAUCCACGGCCACCUGUCAGGCCCCAGGACAUCCCACCGCCCUCUGCUGGGCUCCAGAACUAUCCAUUGCCCCAUGUUGGGCCCCAGGACUACCCACCGCCAAGUGCUGGUCCCCAGGACUACCCACCGCCAAGUGCCGGUCCCCAGGACUACCCACCGCCAAGACUACCCACCACCUCCUGCCGGGCCCGAGACUACCCACCACCAUGUACCAGGCCCCAGGACUACCCACCUCCACCUGCCGGGCCCCAGACUACCCACCACCGCCUGCUGGGCCCCGGAAUACCCACCCCCGCCUGCUGGGCCCCAGGACUACCCAUUGCCGCCUAUUGGGCACAUGCCCACCCCGACCCCGCACCCCACCUCCUCGCACAGGAGAAGCACACCCCACGUAGACAGUUGGCGCUCAAUAAGUGCCCAGGCCCCUCUGUGCACAUGCACACUUGA